UAAUAUCUCUUAAACCGUACGAUAUUCACACUGCAUGCAGUCGGUGACGUCACUGGCGCAUGUGUUCUACAGGGAUGGCAUACCUGUGCUGUCCCUUCAGAGUUCCGUGCUGUGGAAGGGAUUGCGCAGCGCGGUGAUCGGUGUUGCACUGUGUCCUUCGGACACAGCUGAUCACCGAUCAACAGAAAGAGCCGAAGAUGUCGGCUCGGUCAUGUGAUCAGCUGUGUCCAAUCACAGCUGAUCGCAUGUAAAUAGGGAAAUGCCGGUUUUCGGCAUUUCUCUGCU